GCACGCUACACGUCGCCCCCUCCUACACAGCAGCAUUAUUCAACCCACCACUCUUGUUGAUAUGCAUGUCCUCCUCAAAAUCCAAAAGGCCAUUAGCGAACAACUACUGAUCCAUGAAUCAAAGCACCAAAUAACCCACCUAAGAUCUCGACAACAGCAACAACGUUAAAUAGUAGCAUCCGCCUAGAAACAAAACUACACUAUCGACAACAAUGGAAGAAAUUCACAUCAAAGAAACCAUUCCAAUUCGCCCUUCUACGCCCCCUUUCUCUCAAGACCAUACACUCCCUCUCUCCCACCUUGACACCGACCGCAACCUUAACGUCACAUUUCGCUACCUUCGUGUCUACGUUAACACCACCACCAGCAAUGGUGGCCAUCCUUUCAACGUCAUCGCGGCUGCGCUUUCCACUGCACUUGUUCACUACUACCCUCUUGCAGCCACUCUCCGCCGAGGCCAGGUGGAUGACCGUCUGGAGCUGUUUUGCUCUCGGGACCAUUUAGGUGUGCCUCUUAUCAAUGCAACUGUAAACUGCACGUUGGAAAAACUAAACUACCUCGAUGACUCGGACCCGGAUUUUCUGGACGGGUUAGUUCCUGACCCGGAUCAAGAUUAUGGGCUGGCUAACCCGUGUGUUCUCCAAGUCACGGUGUUUGAGUGUGGUGGAUGGACAUUAGGUGCUGCCAUACACCAUGGUUUGUGUGAUGGGCUUGGGGCAACCCAGUUUUUUAAUGUUAUGGCAGAGUUGGCACGUGGUGUGGGUCGGAUUUCAGCUAAUCCAGUUUGGGACCGGGCGAGCUUGUUGGGUCCGAGAGACCCGCCCCGAGCUGAGGGAGUGGUGAGGGAGUUUUUGGGGUUGGAGAAAGGGUCUGAGCCUUACGGUCAGGUGGUUGGUAAGGUUGUGAGGGAGUGCUUUCCUGUGAAGGAUGAGUGGUUGGAGAAGUUCAAGAAGGUGUUGUUUGAGAAGAGUGGCUCUAGCUUUACCACGUUUGAAGCCUUGGGUGCAUUCAUAUGGCGGGCAAAGGUUAAAGCCUCAGGGGUUCCAGGUGAUGAGAAUGUGAAGUUCGCCUAUUCAAUCAAUAUACGAAAACUAGUAAAGCCACCAUUACCUGCUGGCUAUUGGGGCAAUGGUUGUGUUCCGAUGUAUGCUCAACUCUGUGCCAGAGAGCUGAUGGAGCAACCAGUUUGGAAAACAGCUGAGCUGAUUAAAAAGAGCAAAAUCAAUGCAACCGAUGAGUACGUCCGCUCAUUCAUUGAUUUUCAAGAACUACAUUAUGGAGAUGGCAUUACAGCAGGAAACAGAGUGAGUGGGUUCACAGAUUGGAGGCACCUGGGACAUUCAACUGUUGAUUUUGGGUGGGGAGGUCCAGUCACUGUCUUGCCACUUUCAAGAAAACUACUCGGAAGUGUUGUGCCGUGCUUUUUCUUGCCUUAUUCUUCUGCAAACGCAGGCAAGAAGGAUGGGUUCAAGGUGCUGGUAACCUUGCAAGAAACACACAUGCCUGCCUUCAAGAAAGAGAUGGGGAAAUUUAGCAGCCAAGAUUUUGACUUGUCUUGAUUUACAUGCUAAAUCCCUUCAGCCAUUUCUAUAUCUGUAAGCAUGCCACCCUAGAGCUAAAUCUGCACUCCACAGGGAUUGCUAAAAUUGUGAUGACUCUUGGUCAGAAUAAGAGAAUUGGAUAAUGAACAGCUGGUCGUCUAAUAUUGUAUUGGUUCUUCAAAAUUUAUAUGUGAGACCAUAUAAAAUCUAUGGUUUAUAGUA